AUGGCCGUGGACGUGCAGCGCGUGUGCACGCAGCAGCAGGAUCAGCAGCGGCCGCAGCAGCAGGAACCACAGGCCAUUGAUUACGCGCAAUGCAUGCGGCGGCGGCUAAUCGGCGGCGCCGCGGCCGCGGCGGCAGCGUUCGCGGCCCUGCCAGCUGCUGACCUGUUGCUGCCCGGCAGCGCUGCGGCCAAGCUGGAGAGCACCCAGGUUGGGAGCUACCUGCCUCCUGCGGACGUGGAAGACUUUGUCCUGUUUGUGCCGGAUGGAAAGAAGACCCCAGCCAUCCGCGCGGGCACCGUGACGCCCGGGCAACCCUACCGCUUCGCCAUGCCCCCAACCUGGCGCGAGGCCAAGGUCGCCAACAUCCUCUCGGGCAACUACUGCCAGCCGCGCUGCGCCGAGCCCUGGAUUGAGGUGAUCUUUGAGAACGAGGCGGAGGGCAAGGCGCAGGUGAUCGUCUCGCCCCUGGUGCGGCUGACAAACCGCAAGGGCGUGAGGAUCGAGGAGGUGGGGCCGCCGGAGGGCAUCAUCACCAGCCUGGGGCCCUUCAUCACGGGCACCUACCUGGACGAGGAGGACGUGGUCAGCGCCAGCUCAGCAAAGCGCGACGACGGCCUGCUAUACUACAACUACGAGAUCAACGCGUCCUACGGCACCAACGGCCCCCACACUGUGUCGAGCGUGACAGUCAAGGGCGACCUGGCCCUGCUGCUGGUGGUCAGCGCCAACGACAAGCAGUGGGCAAAGAACGAGGGCCGCCUGCGCGCCAUGGUGGAGACGUUCCGGGCGUAG